UCAGACUCACCAGCAGUGCUGGGCAGAGGCAGGUGCGGAAGCUGCUGGCAGUCGGGGGCAGGAGCGAGCCAGCUGCUGGCCAAUGUGCAUUUCUGGAAGGUAGACCUCCUGUAAGACAACGUUCAUGGCUGGGUUUUGCCGAGCGACUGGUUUACCAGCAGUCUCACCUUGUCAGCAACCCAGGUAGUUUCGGAAUUCCCGGAGGGAAGUGUCCCCUUGGGCCAGUGCUAACCGGUGUGGACCUGCCGUCCUGUGCGGUGUGUCUGCUGAUCUUGAGCAUCUGAAGCUGACCCCUGAGUCUGGGAGCUCACUGCUGCUGCCUCACCCUUUAGAGAGAUGUCUGUUCCCUAUGAUGACUCCGUGGGCGUGGAGGUGUCCAGUGACAGCUUCUGGGAGGUUGGGAACUACAAGCGGACGGUGAAGCGGAUUGACGAUGGCCACCGCCUAUGCAGCGACCUCAUGAGCUGCCUGCAUGAGCGUGCCCGCAUUGAGAAGGCCUACGCGCAGCAGCUUACCGAGUGGGCUCGGCGGUGGAAGCAGCUCGUGGAGAAGGGGCCCCAGUAUGGAACGGUGGAGAGGGCCUGGAUGGCAGUCAUGUCUGAGGCGGAGCGGGUGAGCGAGCUGCACCUGGAAGUGAAGGCCUCGCUGAUGAACGAGGACUUCGAGAAGAUCAAGAACUGGCAGAAGGAGGCCUUUCACAAGCAGAUGAUGGGAGGCUUCAAGGAGACCAAGGAAGCCGAGGACGGCUUCCGGAAGGCCCAGAAGCCCUGGGCCAAGAAGCUGAAAGAGGUAGAAGCAGCAAAGAAAGCCCACCAUGCAGCAUGCAAGGAAGAGAAGCUGGCCAUCUCCCGAGAGGCCAACAGCAAAGCAGAUCCAUCCCUCAACCCUGAGCAGCUCAAGAAAUUGCAAGACAAGGUAGAAAAAUGCAAGCAAGAUGUACUGAAGACCAAAGAGAAGUAUGAGAAGGCCCUGAAGGAGCUGGACCAGGGCACUCCCCAGUACAUGGAGAACAUGGAGCAGGUGUUCGAGCAGUGCCAGCAGUUUGAGGAGAAGCGGCUGCGCUUCUUCCGGGAGGUUAUGCUAGAGGUUCAGAAGCACCUGGACCUGUCAAACGUGGCUGGCUACAAAACCAUUUACCGGGACUUGGAACAGAGCAUCAAAGCUGCUGAUGCAGUGGAGGACCUGAGGUGGUUCCGAGCCAAUCACGGGCCUGGCAUGGCCAUGAACUGGCCACAGUUUGAGGAGUGGUCUGCAGAUCUGAAUCGAACUCUCAGCCGCAGGGAGAAGAAGAAGGCCGCUGAUGGCAUCACCCUGACAGGCAUCAACCAGACAGGCGACCAGUCUAUGCAGAGCAAGCCCAGCAGCAACCUUAGUGUCCUGAACAACCCCGCCCAGUCUGCGCAGUCACAGUCCAGCUACAACCCCUUUGAGGACGAGGACGACACGGGCAGCACCGUCAGUGAGAAGGAAGACACUAAGGCCAAAAAUGUGAGCAGCUAUGAGAAGACCCAGAGCUACCCCACUGACUGGUCCGAUGACGAGUCCAACAACCCCUUCUCUUCCACGGAUGCCAACGGGGACUCCAACCCGUUCGACGAGGACACCACCUCAGGGACAGAAGUGCGAGUCCGGGCGCUCUAUGACUACGAGGGUCAGGAGCACGACGAGCUGAGCUUCAAGGCUGGAGAUGAGCUGACCAAGAUAGAGGACGAGGAUGAGCAGGGCUGGUGCAAAGGACGCUUGGACAGCGGGCAAGUUGGCCUGUACCCAGCCAACUACGUCGAGGCCAUCCAGUGACAGGCUGUGAGCAGGCUGGUGGAGGGAUGGAAAUGGCUGGCUCUGAGCUCCGCUAGCCUAGGCCUGGGCAGCAGCACCUGGGUGCCCCAGCAGCCAUGUGGCAUCCACUCCACCUGCAAAAGAUGGUUUCUUGGUCUCCUGGUGUCCUUUGAAGGCAGACAAGCUGAUCGUUUCCCCUGGGAUUCAGCCCCUUUCCAAGUGCAUCUGGGGAGGACUGGGCACAGGCAGAUGCAGCAUGGAGAGCCAGGCCUUUCCCUGCCCGCUAGCUCUGUUGGCUUAUCAUGGAUCUGUCUAUUCUUGACCUCGUCUCCUCCAAGUCAAUGGUGGUUACACUGAUUCUUGUUCCACUGAUUAUUUUCCCUGAUGAGUCCCAUACCUGUAAGUUAAAUGAACAAACUUACAUGCCAAUUUCUGAGUAAAGAUUUUGAGGUUUUUAAUUUAAAGGCGAUGUACAGUUAUACUUUUUUUAUACACCUGUUCUUCCAUUCAUUUGUACAUAAGUGAUGGUGAGACUGAGCCGCACCGUUCUGUUCUCAAGGACACAGUACCUCCAUUUCCAUGCCGUGCUGCUCAUCAGCCAGACCUCUUCCUGGGCAGGUGCAGGACCACAGUCCUGCGACAGGGAGUGCCCUUGGCAGAGACCUGGCAGAAAGGUGGGGGACAUGUGUGGUGAGGUUUCAAUACAGAGUGCGCAUUGCAGAGAGAACCUUUUGAAGAACUCCCCAGAGUCGCCAUAUUUAAAAAUUAUUUUCAUUCUGUUGCUUAAAACUUUACUCUUGUACAAAUUAACAUUCUAUCAGUGAUUGGGAAGGUUAAAACAUUAAAAGAUUAGCUUUUCAGGCAGAUGCAUCUGUAGAUUAAGAUGCUUUAUAUUGGACUGCCAUGUCUUGCUGUAUAUCUGUAUAUAUUAUUUGAUAUUCAGAGAAUCUAAAGAGUUCACCUAGUGUUUAAAUGAGGUUUAAUAGCUUCUGAACGUGGGUGUCAUUAUAAACUGCUUGAAGCCUGAGGUGACCACCUGGGGUGUGGCUGACUGGCUGGCUGGACCUCCUCUGGACUCUGAGGCGGCUCUGGCUGAGGCGGUACUCACUGGCCAACUGUGGCUCCAGCGCCUUGACAGGCCCCAGUUCCAGCUCCCUGCAGGGCGCUGUGCAAGCUCCGCCACAGAGCCGGUUGGACUUGCAGGCUGUGCAGUCACCUGUGUUCCUCAGGAGCUAAGGGAGGCUGGGUCUCACCCAGUGCACAGGUCCCUUCGAAGUUCCAAUGGUGGGCAGAGGGGAAGGUGCMGGAGGGCCUUGGUCUUGCUGCCUGAGCAGCCCAGCAAGCUGUGCACUUGCUCAGUGUUCACAGCCAGCGCGGGUCUUGCUUGGAAAGUGGGUGCGUCUGUGUGUCACGCAGCUUCCCAGCAGAAACCCUUGUGCCUGUGCUGCAGAGUUACCAAAAACUGUUGUCUUUGAUUUUUAGAUGUACAGUAUUUUAGAGCAAAAUCAAUAAACAGUUGAUCUCAUG